UCACCUCCGAACAGAUCGAGCACCUGCACCGGCGCUUCAAGCAGCUGAGCCGGGACCAGCUGACAAUCCGCAAGGAGAAUUUUGACAGCAUCCCCGAUCUGGAGUUCAACCCAAUUAGGGGCAAGAUCGUCCAUGCCUUUUUCGACAAGCGGUAAGAGCAUCCGGCACCGCGGGGAGGGCUGGGGCAACUGUCGGAUGGGCUGGCCGACGAGAUAAACUUCGAAGACUUCCUGACCAUCAUGUCCUACUUCAGACCCAUCGAGAUGAACAUGGACGAGGAGCAGCUCGAUCGCUUCCGGAAGGAGAAGCUCAAAUUCCUCUUCCACAUGUACGACUCGGACCACGAUGGGAAGAUCACGCUGCAGGAGUACAGAAAUGUGGUGGAGGAGCUGCUGUCGGGGAACCCCCACCUGGAGAAGGAGUCGGCGCGGUCCAUCGCCGAUGGGGCCAUGAUGGAGGCAGCCAGCAUCUGUGUGGGACAAAUGGGGCCGGACCAGGUGUAUGAGGGCAUCACCUUCGAAGACUUCCUCAAGAUGUGGCAGGGGAUCGACAUUGAAACCAAGAUGCACGUCCGCUUCCUCAACAUGGAGACCAUCGCUCACUGCUACUGA